AUCAACUUCACAGAUACACACACAUUGGAGGAAAGGAAACACUACUACUAAUCAAAUCAAAACGAAGACAAUGAGCUCCAACAACGACGAAGCGUUGGACGAGAAAGCAAAGAGAAUGAGAGAUCUUCUCUCCAGUUUCUACUCUCCAACCCGAUCUUCUUCAACCUCCCCCAACUCCAACCCCUUUUCCAAACACCCCUCACCAGAUGACAUCAAUUCUUCUUCCUUCCAACCCAAUCACUACAUCAACAUUCUCGCACAAAAAUCGAAUCUGGAAGGGCUACUCCAGAGGCACGUUGAAAUGGUAACCGAAAUCAAGAAUCUCGACACCGAUUUGCAAACGCUCGUUUAUGAGAAUUACAACAAGUUCAUCUGCGCUACCGAUUCAAUCAAGAGGAUGAAAAGCAAUAUUUUGGGGAUGGAGGCCAGUAUGGAACACCUUCUUGAGAAGAUAAUGUCUGUUCAGUCAAGGAGUGAUGGUGUUAACACUUCUUUAUCAGAAAAUAGGGAGCAUAUAGAGAAAUUGCACCUGACUUGCAAUCUUCUUCGUAAAAUUCAGUUCAUAUAUGACCUUCCUGAUAGACUGGCCAAGUGCAUCAAAGUUGAGGCCUAUGCAAAUGCAGUCAGGUUCUAUACCGGUGCAAUGCCAAUUUUUAAGGCAUAUGGAGACUCAUCAUUCAAAGAUUGUAAGCAAGCAUCUGAAGAAGCAAUAGCUAUCAUAGUAAAAAAUUUGCAGGAAAAGGUAUUUUCAGAUUCUGAAUCAACGCAAGUGAGAGCUGAGGCUGCUGUGCUCCUUAAGCAGUUGAAUUUUCCGGUGGACAAUUUGAAGGCAAAGCUACGAGAGAAUUUGGAGCAUUUCCUUUCAGACACUCAGCUGAUCCCUGAAGUAGAAGAGACUGUUUCACCCUCUUCUCAUGAGGUAGCUAUUUGUGAGUUUGUGGAGGCAAUUCGUGCAUUCCAAGUAAUAUUUCCUGAUUCAGAAAAGCAAUUAGUUAACCUUGCUCAAGAGUUAAUUACCAAGCGCUUCCUAAUUAUUGAGGAGUAUGUAAAGACACGAAUCUGUGGAGAAGAUUUACUUGGUGUUCUUCGAGUUAUCUGGAAUGAUGUGCUCCUAAUGGAUGAAGUCUUACAAGAAGCAUCUCUCUACAAUCAUUCUCUUGAGGCUUCCAAGGUUGCUGUCAAGACGUAUAUUGGAAGUGUAUUUUCUCAUUUGAUGCAAGAUAUCUCAGAUACCCUCUUAAAAGUACUGAAACGGGAUGGAGCAGAGGAGCAUUCCCUAGAAGUUGUUCUAGAUGCUAGCAUAAAAGCAGUUCUCGAAGGAGGCAGAGACUUUUUGCUGGAUGUCCGCAGAAUUCUAGAUGACAAUUUAGAGAUCCUAAAUGAACUAAGAGAGUUAAUCUUUGAUUGGGUUCAAGAAGGAUUUCAAGACUUUUUUAGACAACUUGAAGUUCAGUUCCUAUUGUUUUCAGGGAGAAAAACUUCUUUAGCUACCCAAAAUCGUGAAUUGGCAGAGGGCGUCCAUGGUGACAAAGCUUUUCCAAGCCUUGUCCUAGUGUUGGCACGACUGUCUGUUAUUAUUGAACAAACUGCCAUCCCAAAAAUCACCAAGGAAUUAGCAGCUUCCUUUUCUGGUGGGAAUUUUCAAGGUUAUGAAUAUGAACCUGGCUUUGUUCCUGAAGAGAUCUCCCAAAAAUUUAGGUCUGCCGGUGAAAAAUUCUUGCAUAUGUACAUAAAUAUGAAAACUCAGCGAAUAUCACUUCUCCUGAAGAAGAGGUUUACCACACCUUGUUGGGUAAAGCAUAAGGAGCCAAGAGAAGUUCACAUGUUUGUUGAUUUGUUUCUUCAAGAGCUUGAAGUUAUAGGUAAUGAAGUGAAGGAGAUUUUACCUCAAGGUAUACGGAAGCACCACAGGGUUGAUAGUACCGGAAGUAAUGCUUCUUCAACAAGAAGCAACUCCUUUCGCGAAGAGAAGUUGACUCGAUCAAAUACUCUCAAGGGAAGGAGCCAGCAGCUUUUGGAAACACACCUAGCCAAACUGUUCAAGCAAAAAGUUGAAAUUUUCACAAAAGUGGAGUAUACACAGGAAUCAGUCAUUAUGACCAUUGUUAAAUUGUGCCUUAAAAGUUUACAAGAAUUUGUUCGAUUCCAGACUUUUAAUAGGAGUGGAUUUCAGCAAAUUCAGUUAGAUAUUCAGUUCUUAAGGACCCCUAUAAAAGAAAUAGUUGAAGAUGAAGCUGCAAUGGAUUUCUUGCUUGAUGAGGUGAUUGUUGCUGCUACAGAGCGAUGCCUUGAUCCAAUUUCAUUGGAGCCGCCCAUAUUAGAAAGACUUAUAGGAGCAAAGCUGGCAAAAACCAAGGAACAAGAUACAAUCUCUUCAUAAAACAUGCUUUGGAUGUGGGAGCUAUGACUAUGAUUAUGCUGACCUUUCAGCAUCAGAGACCAUGUUUUCUUUACAAUUUUCAAUAAUUUUUCCCUAUGGCGUUUCUAGCCCGCAUUCUUCAUUGAAAAAAACCUAUAGGUUAGAAAAUUUUGCUCAAUAAGUAAAGUUCAAGCUUUUUUUAAGUGUAUGUAAAAACUUACCUAUAUUAUGCGCAUCCAUAACGACUUGGAUUUUGGAGCGUCACAAAAAAACUUAUCUGCUUUA